UAACCAUAUGGUUAGAAGCAAGUUCCUGUCACAUUCAUUACAUAAACAAUUAUUUUUCUCCAAUUAUUAACAAGCAUUGCUGGUGUACAAAUUUGACCUUUCAAAGUCAUCAUAUUUCACUUGACUGUCAAUAACAAACAGAAAUACUCGUCACACAAUUACAGGUGAUUUCGGAUAAACAAUUUGAUUAAGCACUUAUUCAAUAAGUUAUUAUUACAGGAAGCUAAGUAAAGUAUUCAUCUAAAAAACUAAUUUGAAAAGCUUACAUCGAAAUAAGCUGAAAUAUAUCUCAUAAGUUUGUCAGUUGACUGCAAGUCAAGAGACAGUAUUUGCUUAUUUAGCUCUGUAAAUUCAAAUCUCAAACUCUCUCUCUCUCUCUCUCUCUCCCACUUCUAAGCUUCUAUCAGUGAUAUCUAAAAGAGAAAAGUUAAUGGCAGUUGGAUUGGCUAUAACAUCUCAAAAUGGAGAGAAGAGUAAUGGCAGGGUAACCCUUUAUGUUGUUCUGUCUUGUAUGAUGGCUGCUAUGGGAGGUGUGAUAUUCGGCUAUGACAUUGGUAUAACAGGCGGUGUUACAUCAAUGGAACCAUUUCUGAAGAAGUUCUUCCACAGGAUAUAUCUUCGGAUGAAAUCAGAUGUCAAAGUUAGCAACUAUUGCAAGUUUAACAGUCAACUGUUGACAUCUUUUACAUCCUCUCUUUAUGUUGCUGGUUUUUUUACUUCCUUCUUGGCUUCUUACGUCACUAGAGUCUUCGGACGCAAGCCGUCUAUCGUUGCAGGUGGCGCUGCGUUUCUUGCCGGUACAGCUCUUGGGGGUGCAGCUUUUAACGUGUACAUGCUCAUAGUCGGUCGACUUUUGCUUGGAGUUGGGGUUGGUUUCGCAAACCAGGCAGUUCCUCUAUAUCUCUCUGAAAUGGCACUGCCAAGAUUUAGAGGGGCGAUAAAUAAUGGUUUCCAAUUAAGCAUUGGUAUCGGCGCUUUGUCUGCUAACCUAAUCAACUAUGGAACAGAGAAGAUUAAAGGCGGUCAUGGUUGGCGCGUAUCUCUAGCCAUGGCAGCAGUUCCAGCGACUUUCCUAACACUAGGUGCGCUUUUCCUGCCAGAAACUCCCAAUAGCUUAAUCCAAACCAGCCAAGACAAUCAAAAGGCGAAGCUAAUACUUCAACGAAUCCGAGGCGUGGAAGAUGUUCAAGCAGAACUCGACGACCUCACUAAAGCAAGUUCUUCGACUUCAAAAACAAGCGAACAACAAUCAUUUAAGAUUAUACUGAAAAGAAGAUAUAGGCCUCAACUUGUAAUGGCAAUAGCAAUACCAUUUUUUCAGCAAGUGACCGGGAUCAACGUCAUUGCUUUCUAUGCUCCUCUACUUUUCAGAACAAUCGGAUUAGGAGAAAGCGCGUCACUGUUAUCAUCUGUCAUGACAGGUAUAGUAGGUACCGGUUCAACGUUCAUAUCAAUGCUCAUAGUAGAUAAACUAGGAAGGAGAACGUUGUUUAUAGUCGGAGGCAUUCAAAUGUUAGUGUCACAGUGUAUAGUUGGAGGCAUAAUGGCGGUUCAUCUCAAAGAUCACGGCGGAUUGAGCAAAGGGUAUGCUUAUAUGGUUUUGGUAAUGAUAUGUAUUUAUGUUGCUGGGUUCGGAUGGUCAUGGGGGCCGCUAGGUUGGUUAGUACCAAGCGAGAUUUUUCCGUUAGAGAUUAGAUCAGCUGGACAAAGCAUCACAGUGGCAGUGAGUUUUCUCUUCACUUUCGUUAUUGCGCAGACUUUUCUCGCUAUGCUUUGUCACUUCAAGUCUGGGAUUUUCUUCUUCUUUGGUGGUUGGGUGGUGGUGAUGACCGCGUUCGUGUAUUAUUUUCUACCAGAGACAAAAAAUGUGCCACUUGAACAGAUGGAGAAAGUGUGGCGGGAACAUUGGUUUUGGAAGGGAAUAGUCGGAAAAACAAGUGACAGUUAUGAUGCUUUAUAGACUAUGAAGCACGAACGCUCCGAAAACGACCCCGACACUGACACGGCGACACUGAUAAUAAUUUUAAAAAAUGAAUAAAUUAAAUGUAAUCACAAGUGUCAGUGCAGGUGUCCGACCCCGACACAGACACGGACACGCCGUUUUUCAGAGGUGUCGGUGCUACAUAGUUUAUAGAAGAUCCAAUCCUAAUGCUAUAUGAAUGAUAGCAGAAAUUUUUUCGAUAUUACAUGCACAUGUUAAUCUUGCAAUAUCUAUGUUAAAUGCUCAAUUAAUAUCAGAAAUGAUGUUUGUUACAUUUUAA